AUGCCUCCAAAGUUCGAUCCUAAUGAAGUUAAGUUCUUAUACUUGAGAGCCGUUGGUGGUGAAGUCGGUGCUUCAUCUGCUUUGGCUCCUAAGAUUGGUCCUUUGGGUUUGUCCCCAAAGAAGGUCGGUGAAGAUAUUGCCAAGGCCACCAAGGACUACAAGGGUAUCAAGGUUACCGUCCAAUUGAAGAUUCAAAACAGACAAGCUUCUUGUUCUGUUGUUCCAUCUGCUUCAUCUUUGGUCAUUGCUGCCUUGAAGGAAGCUCCAAGAGACAGAAAGAAGGAAAAGAACGUUAAGCACAGUGGUAACAUUCCUUUCGAUGAAAUUAUCGAAAUUGCUAGAACCAUGAAGGAAAAGUCUUUUGGUAAGUCUUUGGCUUCUGUUGCUAAGGAAAUCUUGGGUACUGCUCAAUCUGUUGGUUGUCGUGUUAACGGUAAGAACCCACACGAUAUCAUUGAAGCCAUCGACAAUGGUGAAAUUGAUGUUCCAGAAAACUAA